AUGGCUCCCCCCCUCCCCCCCCCCAAUCAGUCCGGCUCCGCCGCCGGAGCCAGCCUCAUGCUCAGCGCCGUCCUCUCCCUCAUCUUCGUCGUCAUCGUCAUCACCAUCCACCUCUACACUCGCUACCGCCGCCAAUACGAAUUCAAAGGCGGCAACAACAUCAUUCACUCUCGCACCACUCCCCCCGCCACCUCCCCACCCGCUGCGGCCCCCAAAGGCCUUGAUGCCGCCGCCAUUGAAAAGCUGCCGACUUUCCCUUACAGGAGGCCGGAGGACGGUGGGGGCGGAUCGCCGGAGUGCGCCGUUUGUUUGAGCGCGGCGGAGGAAGGGGAGAUGGUGAGAAUGUUGCCGCAAUGUAAGCAUCUGUUUCAUGUGGGGUGUAUUGAUAUGUGGCUCUAUUCGCAUUCCACUUGUCCUGUUUGUAGAGCAGAGGCGAAGGCUUUGGUGACGAAGUUAGUGUUUGGAGAGAUCGCGGCGGCGCCGAGUUUGCCGGAGAGAGGGGGCGGCUCCGCUGGAAUCGGCGGCGAGGUUGAGGUGCGGGAGGACAGCUCGGAGUUGCAGAGGAGUUGGGUUAUGGUGGUGGAUGGAGAGAGGGAUUUAGAGAGGCAGUGAUUGUUCGGAAAUUUUGUUUUUGAGUCGGAAUAGCG